AUGUAACAAUGGUUGUUUCAGAAAGAUGAGUGUUGCUACGGAGAUCCCCAGGGCGGAAGUGCCGGAGGUAAAAGAGGAAGAGGCGGAGCGUCUGCAUUUUCAAAAGGUUAUCAACGCCUUCCGGAUCUACAAGAAGCACUCCUUGAAUGUGAUUCAGAGGAAGGAGAACUAUCUAAACCAACUCCCACAAGAACAUCAAAAACUGCUCAAAAAGAACGGAUAUGGGAGCAUGUUGAAUGAUCUGAAGAGUGCUGUAGAUGUAAACAAUGAAAUAGUUCAGCAUAUUCUCAAAGAUAUUGACAAUGUAUUCGAUAAUCUCACCCAUCAAAGUAAAGGAGAGAAGGAUAAACGAACAAUGCCUAAUGGAGCAGAUAUGGAGAAGGUCCAGUCCUGUUUGAAGCAGCUGGUGAGAGAUUGGUCUGAAGCUGGUAUAGAGGAGAGAAGUGCGUGUAAUAAGAAGAUAACUGAUAAACUGGCAGUUCUAUUCAAGGAAGAGGAAAGAGAAUCCAAGAAGGUUUUGGUGCCGGGAGCUGGGUUAGGACGGUUGGCAUUUGAUAUUGCCCAGAUGGGGUUCGAGUGUCAAGGAAACGAAUUCUCUUUGUUUAUGCUGUUCACCUCUAAUUUUGUUCUCAACAAGUGUACAACUAUCAACUCUUUCAAGAUCCAACCCUACAUUCACAACUUUUGCAACAAUAUAUCUGACGAGGACCAGUUAAAAACUGUUCACUUCCCUGAUGUUGAUCCUAACCAACUUCCAGAGGACAGAAAGUUUAGCAUGGCUGCUGGGGAUUUUCUGGAAGUAUAUAACGAGGCUGAAUACGUGAGUAGUCAAGACUGUGUGGCCACUUGUUUUUUUAUGGAUUGUGCUCAUAAUAUAGUGGACUUCAUACAGACAAUUCAUAAGGUUUUAAAACCGGGAGGAUACUGGAUAAACCUUGGACCUCUUCUCUACCAUUUCUCUGAUAUGCCUGGUGAGACGAGUAUAGAACCGAGCUACGACUGUGUCCGUGGAAUCAUUAAAGAUUUCGGAUUCGAGAUUAUGGAGGAGGAGAAGGAUAUAAUGACGACCUACGACCAGAACCCGGCCAGCAUGCUUCAGUACUCCUACAAGUCCGUCUACUUCUGCGCCAAGAAGAUGUAAUCAAUCCAUCAAUCAAUCAAUCAGUUUGAGAUAUUUGAAUCAAAGGAUUAAACUGAUUAAAACCCUGAUUUGUUAAAAUAACUUAAAAACACUGAUCUCUAGUCUAUUCACUGUCCAAAACGUUAAAGACACCGUAAAAGACUAACGACCCCCGCACCCCCCCCCACUCUCACUUCACCAAAAGAGUUCUUAUUCAGUUACAUCCCUAUUUCACAAACAGGAACGAGAACUAUCAUUGUGAUCCAAAAAAAAAAUGUUUACAUUUAAUGUUCAGUAUUCACCGUUGCUAUCACGUGACCAGAUAUCUUCUAAUUUUCCAGA